AUGUCGUACUACUUCGCCAUCGUCGGCACGCAAGACAACCCCCUCUUCGAAUACGAAUUCGGCACCUCCAAGCAAGGCGGCGACGGCCAGUCGCGCUUCAACGAGCAGGUCCGCCACCUGAACCAGUUCAUCCUGCACAGCAGUCUGGAUAUCGUGGAGGAAGUGCAGUGGGCGCAAGGACAAAUGUACCUCAAAAUCGUAGACAAGUUCUUCAACAACUACGUCUCCUGCUUCGUCACGGCGGGCAACGUCAAGUUCCUCCUCCUGCACCAGCCGUCCGCGCCCUCCACCACGGCGUCUUCGCGCUCGUCGACGGCCAUCGGCGCCAACCCCACCAGCCCCGCGACCGAGGAGGCCAUCAAGAACUUCUUCCAAGAGGUGUACGAGAACUGGGUCAAGGCCAUCAUGAGCCCGUUUUACAGGGUCAAUAUGGAAGUUAAGAGUCCCGUGUUUAGGUCACGGGUGGCGGCGGCGGGUAGGAAAUAUCUCUAG